UCUACCUUGCUCUUCAUUGGCCUUCCAGUCCUCGAGACGAUCUAAUUACCACACAUCCCCUUAACUUUGAUUAAUUCCCACCACAGCCACAACGCUAACAAACCUCCACCCCUCGUUCCCCUGCUCUCCCUUCCUCGGCCGGUCCCGGUCACAUGAUCGCAGCCAUGUCGGCGUCCAACCUGUGCGACGUGUGUCGAGGCACCGGCGGCAGCGCAUGCCCCCACUGCACCGACCUCAACCGUGCCAUCCCGACCUUGUUCAACGAGCCCAUGCGUGAGUUCCAGUUCUUUGGGCACGAGGACUCGGUCGCGUGGAUGUUUAGCGACCCCAAGGACAGUGAUCCCCCGCUGGAUCAGGAGCUCCCGGCAAUGGCCGCCAGAGGAUUCGGGUACCUGCAUGGCCUGGGAGAAGGUCAUGACUCUAGACAUGGCUUGACCUUCGAUGUCAGCUUGAGUAGUUCCGCAGGGCCACAAGAGACGGUACCCGCAGUAGUACCAAUGGUGACGGCGGUGGCCGUGGGGCAGGCGGCGUCCGGUGCCACCUUCAUGCCAUUCUCGGGGAGCACACUUGAAGACACUUUGAACGAUAGCAACAGAGAGGUUGGGGAAGGCAUGACGGCCGGCCGAGGUGACCUGGCAAUGGAGAGGGAAGCCAAGAUCAUGAGGUACAAAGAGAAGAGAAAGAAGAGGAGGUACGAGAAGCAGAUACGAUAUGCCUCGAGGAAGGCCUAUGCUGAGAUGAGGCCAAGGGUAAAAGGGCGUUUCGCAAAGACGAUGGAGUCUACAGAGAGCCAGCCAGUCGAACAGCAACCUUACGAGCCUCACGAUAGAAAUGCCUUUAGCUGGUUUCAAUUGGGGUAGAAGGUGAUCUGCUGACGAAGUCUACAAUAAAUGGAAUCGUAGAUUGGCAAUUUUAAGUUCUGGGUUUGAACUGUUUAAUUAAUCUUAUAUUUAGUCUAAAAGAGUUUGAUAUUGAGGUACAUUUUGUCAAGCAUUCAGUAGUAGCUAGUACUUAAUGACUAUAGAGAGUAUGAAAUCAAAGAAAGAGUUCAGCUCCUCCACAUUAAGUAAUGAUGUGGAAUAUCUCUAUAAGAAUAUCAUAUUGAUCAAUUUA